GGAACCAACCCUAAGCUCUUUUUAUCUCCGCCUUAAAGGUAGCCCCGAUUAUUGCUGACUUAAGCAUCGGAGUGUCUACGCCGAGUUUCACCUCGGGGCUUUGCAGGUCAUCUCGGAGUACAAGCGCGGACUGAAGAAGAACUUCCGGUUUGGUGCAAUUACAUUGGCGCCGUCUGUGGGAAUCGAACUGAAAGCUUUCUAGUUGCUCUUUCAUCAUGGUUCACACUCGAUCAAUCCGAGCUGGUAAUUCAUCUCUGCCUCAUGGGCAAGGUCAACCACACAACAACCUUCCACCUCUGAUCCCAUCUCAAAUCCAACCUCAGCUUCCACCUCAGGUUCCAACCAUAUUCCCUCCUGUUGAUCAUGCAGAAAGAGGAGAUGAAAACCAACCUCAUGCCUCAGCUCACAAUUCCACUUCCACUACCAACCACGACGUGGUGACAGCUCAGCUUGCUGCCAUGCAGCAGCAAUUUGGUGUUUUUCAGUUAGUACUAGCUCAGCUUCUAGCUAGAAAUAAUCCUGGUGAUCCCCUCAUUAAUCUACUAAACCCUGCUCAACAACCCCCAGCUCCACAACAGAAUCCCCAACUGAUUCCACCUGCUCCCGCUAUUAGCGAAUCUCAGGGUCAAUCCCACAUAGCACCUGCUCAGCAACCCAUCCCAGAUGAUAGGGACGGAGAGUCUCUGAAGAACUACAUGAGCAGGUUCAAUGAUGCGGUGUUGGAGGUUAGUUCCUUCGACCAAGCUGUGGGUGUUGCAGCUGUAAUCUCUGGUCUCAAACAUGAUAGGUUCAGAGACAGUUUGAUCAAACAUGCUGCCACCACCUUUAGCGAGGUGAACGAUAGGUCUCUGAAAUUUAUAACUGCUGAGGAAUACGCCCUGGCACAAAACCCACCUUCCUCUAAGAACCAGAACCCAGAAUGGAGAGAUGACAAUCCGAGUCGGAAAAGGAUGAGAAUGGCGCAGAACCGAGGUCCGAUGUUGACCUCCCCAACGAGAUUCGGAAGGACGAACUCAACUCCCCCGCAACAACCUGCAGAGGAAAGGGCAGAGCUAAUAGCUUUUCUUCGAGCUAAUAAUGAUGUAUUCGCAUGGACUUCGGCAGACAUGCCAGGAAUUCCAAAUUCAGUCUCUCAACAUAAACUCAGCACCAAUCCAUUGAAGAAACCAGUGGCCCAGAAGCGGCGUCUCUUCGGGGGUGAGAGGCUUCAGGCUAUUAAAGAAGAGGUAACGAAGCUCCUACAGGCUGGUUUUAUCAGGAAAGUUGAUUACUGUGAAUGGGUGGCUAACCCAGUUUUCGUGAAAAAGGCAAAUGGUAAAUGGCGAAUGUGCAUUGAUUACACAAAUCUUAACAACGCUUGCCCUAAGGAUUGCUAUCCAAUGCCGAGCAUUGACAAAUUAGUUGAAGCAGCUUCAGGCAAUGAGAGGUUAAGCCUCUUAGACGCAUACUCGGGGUAUCACCAGGUGCUAAUGGCUCUAGAAGACGAAGAGAAAACCGCGUUCUAUGCUGGCGAUGAAAUUUAUUGUUAUGUCAUGAUGCCGUUCGGCUUAAAGAACGCAGGUGCUACUUACCAGAAAAUGGUAACCAUUGUCUUCCACGCUCAGAUUGGCAAGAAUCUGGAAGUAUAUGUCGACGACAUUGUGGUAAAGAGCCUCAAAGCAGAAGACCAUCUCGCUAACCUCGACGAAACCUUUAACAACCUCAGAAAGAACAGGAUGCGGUUAAAUCCAGCCAAAUGCAUCUUCGGGGUGGAGUCUGGAAAAUUUCUAGGUUUCAUGGUGUCUCGAAGGGGAAUUGAGGUCAAUCCAGAGAAGAUCAGAGCAAUUGCCAAGAUGGAACCGCCGAAAUCAGUGAAGGAUAUACAAAGGCUGACUGGAAGGGUGGCAGCUCUACAUCGGUUCAUAUCGAAGUCAGCAGAUAAAUGUCUACCGUUUUUCAAAAUUAUGAGGUCGGUCGCCCAAAAAGACGAAUCAGGAAAACACAAGAAGUUCGAAUGGAACCAGGAAUGUCAAGCUGCAUUUGAAGAACUGAAGUCUUAUCUUAGUUCACCGCCUCUGUUAACUAAAGCUAUAGAUGGAGAACUUCUUUAUUUGUACCUGGGGAUUUCAGAUGAGGCCAUUAAGCCCAACGACUGGACCUUAUAUGUUGAUGGAGCAUCUAGUAGCAAGGGUUCAGGGGCUGGUGCUCUCUUGAUUGGUCCAGAGGGAUACCGAAGCCAACAUGCCCUGAAGUUCAAUUUCGAUGCAACAAAUAACAUGGCUGAAUAUGAAGCUCUACUACUUGGUUUACAGCUAGCAUUGGAGUUGAAAAUCAGAACAAUUCAAGUAUACAGUGACUCCCAGUUGGUAGUAAACCAAAUCAACUCAAUCUGUGAAGUUGUUGAUCAUGUGAUGGUAAAGUAUGUAGCCUUGGUGGCCGAGCUGAAGUGCAAAUUCCAGAAAUUCUGUUUGAGUAAAAUUCCCCGAGCUGAGAAUGAACAGGCAGAUUUACUCUCCAAGUUUGCCUCUGAUAGUUCUUUAAGUUCCAGAUCCGUUUUUGUGGAGGUCUUAGAUGAACCAAGCUUCAUGAAGCCUCGGAUGAUGGAGAUCAGCACAAACCCUGACGCACCAAGCUGGACUGACUCAAUUAUCUCCUUUUUGCGAGAUGGAAUAGUACCUGAGGACAGGCAAGAGGCGAUGAAGUUGAGAAAGAAAGCAUCUCGGUAUACACUUGCUGAUGGGGUUCUCUAUAAGCGAUCUUUUUCACUUCCUCUUCUGAGAUGCUUGAAUCCCUAUGAAGCCGAGUAUGCACUUCGAGAAGUACAUGAAGGUGUCUGCGGGAGUCACGUCGGUGCUAGAACUCUGGCUCACAAAGUCUUAAGACAGGGAUAUUAUUGGCCAAACAUGUAUAAGGAUGCCACUCACUUUGUUCAGAAAUGUCCGAAGUGCCAAUUCUUUGCACAUCUAACUCACCAACCUGCAGAAGAACUCACUACCUUGGUAGCACCAUGGCCAUUUGCACAAUGGGGACUAGAUUUUUUGGGUCCAUUCGUGAAAGGGGUUGGUGGUGUAACCCAUCUGGUUGUUGGUGUGGAUUAUUUCACAAAAUGGGUUGAAGCUCGGCCUUUAUCUAGUCUUACCUCCAAGAAGGUCGAAGAUUUUGUUUUCAGCUUGAUCAUCUGUAGAUAUGGGAUCCCGAAUCAAAUUGUGGCUGAUAAUGGAACUCAAUUCAAUUGCUCUUCAUUCCGGGAUUUCUGUUCUAGUUAUGGGAUCAAGUUACAGUUCACCUCCGUUUACCACCCGGAGUCCAAUGGCAUGGUGGAAUCUGUUAACAAAUGCAUUUUGGAGGGUAUAAAGCCGAGAUUGGAGCAGCAUAAGACCAAGUGGGCAGAUGAGCUCAACAACGUCCUCUGGGCAUACAGAACCACGAGCCGAACUGCCACAUGUGAAACACCCUACCACCUGGCCUUUGGUACCGAAGCAGUUAUUCCUGUUGAAAUAGGAGUCUCAAGCUUCCGGGUCACCCAUUUCGAUGAAGGACGAAAUGGACAACUGCUUCGAGAAAACCUUGAUCUGCUUGCUGAAGGUUUGAAACUCGUUUUGGCAAACUCGCCCCAAAUUGGAAAGGCCCUUAUACCGUGGCCGAAGUGCCACAUCCUGGUGCCUAUAUUCUCCAAGACGCUGAAGGAAAGAGAGUUCCUAGAGUCUGGAAUGUCAAUAACUUGAAGAAAUUUUACCCCUAAUAAAAUUCUUUCAAGUGUUCUAAGUCUAACUGUUCUUUACGUUUCUCACUUCGUGUUUGCUGAGAUUCAUUUUACUUCUUAUUCUAUGUACCCGAGGUUAAUUAGUUCUUUCAUUUCUUGAACCUCACUUCUGAUUAAUAAAAGUCACUUCACAUA